ACAACAACAAUGGCAGCUCACGACUUCAAUUUCUUGCUAGCAACGGAUUCCUACAAGGUCACUCACUACAAGCAGUACCCUCCCAACAUCAGCAAAAUCUACUCCUACUUCGAGUGUCGUCGUAAAAAAGGCUCCCAGUUCAAUGAAGUGGUGUUUUUUGGUCUCCAGUAUCUGCUGAAGAAGUAUCUCACAGGCCAAGUGAUCACAGAGGAGAAGAUCCAGGAAGCAAAGCUCUUUUACCAGUUGCACUUCAAACAGUCUGUGUUUGAUGAAGAAGGCUGGAGAAAAGUUCUUGAGAAACACGAUGGCCGACUUCCGAUCCGGAUUAAAGCUGUCCCUGAAGGCAAGAUCAUACCCAGAGGCAACGUCCUCUUUACUGUGGAAAAUACAGACCCAAGCUUCUACUGGCUCACUAACUACAUUGAGACCAUGUUGGUUCAGAUGUGGUAUCCCAUCACAGUAUCUACAGUGUCCAGAGAAUUUAAAAAGAUCCUGUCCAAGCACCUAAAGGCGACUUCCGGCAGCCUUGAAGGUCUGGACCUGAAGCUUCACGACUUUGGCUAUAGAGGCGUUUCAUCACAGGAGUCUGCGGCUCUAGGUGGAGCAGCUCAUCUCGUGAACUUCUGCAGCACUGACACAGUAGCAGGCCUUCUCAUGGCUCAGCGAUACUAUGGAUGCCCAAUGGCCGGUUUUUCCAUUCCAGCUGCUGAGCAUAGUACGAUCAUCUCCUGGGGGAAAAGCAGGGAGAAAGAAGCAUUUGAGCGCGUGCUGGAUGAGUUCUCCUCUGGGCCAGUGUCUGUGGUCAGCGACAGCUACGACAUCUUCAAUGCAUGCAAACACAUCUGGGGAGACAAGCUGAAGGAGCGUGUCAUGGAGCGUGGCCAGGACUCCCGUCUUGUCAUCCGCCCUGAUUCUGGAGACCCUGCAGAGACUCUUAUUGAGGUCAUCAAGAUCUUGGAGGAGUGUUUUGGAUGUUCCCUGAACUCUGUGGGAUACAAGGUCCUGCCUUCGUGCCUACGAAUAAUCCAGGGCGACGGCAUUGACCUCAGUUCAGUGGACCAGAUUCUUCAGAAGCUGAGUGACGAAGGCUGGAGUGCAGAGAACGUUUUCUUCGGUUGCGGCAGUUCUUUGCUUCAGAAGCUCAACAGAGAUACGCUCAGCUGUGCCUUCAAGUGCAGUUAUGUGGAGGCUAAUGGAAAGGGGAUGGAUGUAUAUAAGCAACCGGUGACCGACCCGUCUAAGGGCUCAAAGAGGGGUCGUCUUUCACUGAGAAGGAACUCUGAUGGACGUCUGGAGACGAUAGAGAGGGGAGCUGGCAAACCUGAGGAGGAUCUGCUGGUGACCGUAUUUGAGAACGGCUGCCUUGUGCAAGAUUACUCCUUGGAGGAAAUCCGCAAGAAUGCGCGACUGCGGGAUGAGGAGAUGGAGAUGACACCUACCAUACACAACCACCAGGAGGAGCUGCUGCACAACCACAUAAUCAAUGGGAUUCAUUAGAUCAGCCACUAAACCCCCCCGAGUGUGAACCUCCGUGUAGAAUUGGGGGCCUUGAGGAGAGUAUACACUAUUUUUUUAACUGUUUUGUUAUUUUUUUUUUUAGGCAGCGAGACACCAAGAGUUGGAUAUUUGAUAUGAAACGCACGAAGAACAGUACCAUCUCUGACUAUUGAUACUUGUUCUCGUGUUGACAGUAUUUUACUACACUUACAUAUAUAUGCUUUUUAAAUUUCUUUAUUUCGCUUCUGAGGUAGAAGCAGCAUUUUAAACAAAAAAAACAUGAAAAUAUUAAAUAUAAAUUUUUGUUAACCAACUGUAGUAGUAGUAGUAGUAGUUUUAGUAUUAGCAGUGCUACUUCAAUCAUUCAGUGGCACACUAUAUAUUUUUUUAAAUGUAAAAGCGUGUCUUUCAACCGGUCACAUUUAAUCCACAUGAACAGAGCAUCAAGUGCCUCCCUAAAUCCACCUGUGUAUUUUAUGAAGCUUUUAAAAUCAGUACUUUUAUUAUGAUUUGAAAUGAAAAAUCUCUGGACAUUCAGAAAUGUACAGAUUGUUUACUCUGUUACAUCGCCGUCAUGAUAGCAUAUAUAAAAGUAUUCACUGACGCCUGCUUAAUAAUCGAUAUUCUUCCUGAAGUCUCCAAGCACAACAUGAGACAGUUGUCCAAAUGAAAUGAACUUCCCAUGGAACAAUUGUAUUUUUUUUACUAGCUUGUAUAAGUAGUAUGACAUCAUAGCUUAACUCUAGAUAUGCGGUCCUACAAGCACAGCCAGCCCUACCCAAUAUGGCGCCCUAGGGGAUAUUUUACAUGGUAACCACACACACCAUACAAUAUCCAAAUAUGUAUAUAACUUUCCACACAACUCUACAUAACAUUAAUUUACAUUAUGCGUAACUAAAACCCAAUAAAGUAAUUCCAUACAAAAGCGAUAUGAAGUUCUGCUGGACUUGUCACAUGGUACCACAAGUAUGCCAGGUAUACAUUAUACUAGAAGUUUAGCAUAUCCUGGAUCUUUUCUACAUUUACAAAGUACAAGUGUUGAUUUGAGAUGUAGUUUUUAUGCUAAAAAGCAGUUUUACUUUGAAGUAGUCAUAGGAAACUCAGUUCCUGGGAUGAGACGACACACCCGAUAGGGUCUACUGGAAUGAGAUAAGACGUUACUUAAUCAUCUACUGCUUAAUUUCCGCACUUUGAGUGUAUGCAAGUGGCCCCGUCUCCACCUACAGAGAAAGACGCGGUAUAACUGACAAAAGGGCUCACUCCGUUCAUGCCGUUCUUCUAUGGAACAAACUAGAUGUGAUACUUUUAUAUAACAACCAAUACUUCUCAAAAGUCAAUUUUAAUACUAAUUUCAUUCAUCAUAUUAUUCAUUUACAUCCAUCCAUUUCCUGUACCGCUUAUCCUAACAUGUUGGAGCCUA